UUUAUUAUUUAUCCAACUCAAAACCCACAUGCAUAUAUAUGCCAUUAUAUACUCUGUAUUAUUUAUGCUUCAUUAUAAUCCACACUGUUUCAGUUAUGGCUCUGGCUUCUUCUCGUUACCCUCUCCUUACUAUUCCUUCCAUUUCUUCUGGAGUUAAGCUACCAAUAUUCCAACCUUCUGCCACAAUCAGGACCAUUAAUUUACGUGAAUUACCUAAUACUAUUAUUUGCCGUGCUACUGCCGCUGCAAACACCAAAGGAUCGCUUGCCUUCAAUAGGACCCAUUUCCGCAAACCCAAUCUGCAGUCAAAUGGUUUGAAUAUUUUUCAGUUUGAUUUUAAUUAUCUUAUUGUUGUUGUUGUUCUUAUAAGAGGGUAUAAUUGUAAUCUGGAGUUUUAUUAGAGAAUAAUUAUAAAAAAAUGCUUACAAGAGUUGUGUAUUUUGAUUAAAUAUGUAUUCUUCUGUUGUGUAUAACAUUAAUUUACAAAUUAAAAAAAUGCAGGUAAAGUUCAAGAGUUUAGUGUUUAUGAGAUUGAUGAGAAUGAUCGCAACAGCCCUGCCUAUCUCCGGCUUAUGUUCAAUAAAGUCAAUUCUCUAGGUGACAUCGUCUCCUUCACCAAUAAGUUGUACAGCGGUGACAUGCAAACGCGGUUGGGAAUCACAAAUGGUAUAUGCUUUGUGAUCUCUCACAAUGAGGAAAAUAACGGAGACCGUUACGAGGCCGUUUUCAGUUUCUAUUUCGGAGAUUACGGCCAAAUUUCCGUACAGGGGCCGUACCUUACGUAUGAGGACAGCUUCCUCGCUGUCACUGGUGGCUCCGGUAAAUUCCAUGGUGUGACGGGCAAAGUGAAAGUAGAGCAGCUUGCUUUCCCUACCAAGAGA